AUGUCUCAAUUCACGCAAUCCACACGCCAUCGACGGCAAAGAAUGCACUACAUGAACGUUUUCGCUAUGCUCUCAACGGUGGCAUUAGCACAGGGCUCUAAACGCGGUUUCGCAUAUAUCGGUGACUCACACACCCCCGAUAAUCGCCUCCUCACUACCGGCAACUCCCCACUAGCAUGGUACUACAACUGGUCGCCCUACCCAAACAACAACCUCAUCCCUGCCGACAGCAGUUUGGAGUUUGUGCCCAUGAUCCAUGGCAUAGACGCAACGCAAGAUCCCCAGACCGAACGUGUGAUUAAAGGCUUGCCCGAUAGCAGCAAGCACCUCCUUACCUUCAACGAACCAGAUGGAACGACUGGAAGUGGAGGAAGCAGCAUCAAACCCGAAGAUGCUGCAAAAGCCUACAUCGACUACGUCGUUCCUUUUCGCGGUGGUUCCAGUGGAGGAAGGAAAUGGCUGAUUAGCCACCCAGUCACGACGGGCAGCCCAAACGGUUUGGACUGGUUACGUAAAUUCAACGAAUCUUGUUACGACAUUGAUUCAAGGAACGGUUGCCCUACAGACUUCGUCGCCGCGCAUUGGUAUGGAAAUUUCGAUGGCCUGACAAGCUGGUUAGCCACCUUGGAUGAGUUUUACAACACAAACUCAACAAGAGAUCAGCCAUUGAAGAUCUGGGUUACGGAAAUGGCACUGCCACAACAGGACGACAAGAAUACUGUUGCGAUGAUGAACCAGACACUACCGUAUCUUGAUGGCAAGGAUUACGUUGAGCGAUAUUCGUGGUUCGGCGCAUUCAGGACCGGCGAUGCGAAUGAAUGGACCGGCGACAGCGUCGCAUUAUUCGACAAUAAGGGCGGUUUGACUGAGCUUGGAGCGUUGUACCUAGGUGAUGGUUUCAAGAAGGGGGAGAAGGGUGAAGGUGAGGACAAUGCGGCGAGUGGGUUGAAGUUGAGUGUUGGAUUGAUGACUGCACUUUCGAUGUGCGCGGCAGUUUUUGCCAUGUUCUAG